AUGGAUACUCCUGGCGAUAUGGAAGGCGUAAACUGGGGAAGCUUUGAAGGUUUCGACAUGCUGGAAGCUGAAGAUGACAAUCUUGCUCCCGACACCAGCUCGGUAACUCGAGUUUAUUUGAACGGUGAUUCAAACGAAACCCAAAGGGCAGAACUCAGACCAGGGGACUUGGAAUCCACGGAACUCUCAUCCGAUAACAAAAUGCCUCAGAAGCAGUCUGACUCCAACGAAGGAUACAUCCAACACACAAUAUCCGAGGAUCAGAUAUUGAUGCAAAUCAAUCCAGGGGAAAAUUGCAUGCCUUCCAACCCAAGCCAUGCUACAAUUACUAUGGAAAGUCGAGACCCCAACACCAAGCUUCUUGAGGUAACAAGGUACCAAUGCAACUACACGGGUUGUCCACGGACAUACAGCACGGCAGGGAACCUGAGAACCCAUCAGAAAACUCAUAAGGGUGAAUAUACAUUUGUCUGUAACGAAGCUGGAUGUGGGAAGUCUUUCCUCACCUCAUACAGUCUCAAGAUCCAUGUACGAGUCCACACAAAAGAAAAACCUUACGAAUGUGAACAGAGGGAGUGUCACAAGUCCUUUAACACGCUAUACAGACUGAGGGCUCAUCAGAGGAUCCAUUCUGGAAAUACCUUUAACUGUGAGGAAGAUGGAUGUACCAAGUACUUCACUACACUAAGUGAUCUGAGAAAACACAUACGUACUCACACCGGUGAAAAACCAUUUGUAUGUAAAGAAGAUGGGUGUUCUAAAGCAUUUGCUGCUAGUCAUCACCUUAAAACGCAUCACAGAACUCACACAGGAGAAAAACCAUUCUCAUGUCAGCAGGAUGGAUGUGCCAAGACCUUCACAACCAACCACAGUUUGAAGUCACAUAUGAAUCGACAUGCCAAAACAGAUAAUGUGGAGUCCAAUGUCAUUCAGUUGGAUGCAGAACCUUCAGGCCAAGCCACAUCAUAUGAGGAUGAUAAUUUCCAGAAUCCAGGCAGUAAUAUCAGCUCAAGUAUAGAAGAUUUCCUUAAUUCCAUUGCGAAUGACUACAACCAUGAUGUUGCUCGAGCCACUGGGACGCCAGACACGGCUGAGCUGAGCAUGCAUGUGGAUGGAAACAGUGUUCUUGGGUCAGUAGGACAACAGACAGUGAUAGUGGCAGCGGACACAGGGAAUCUGUCCCAACAGAUAUACAGUGUUCAGCCUGUCAUCAGUCUGCCCCAGCCGAUUGUCUCCCCUUUGCAAGGUCCAGAUGAGGCCCAAGUACCUGUCAUAGCGAUCCCUGACACAAACACAGUUACUACUGCAGUACAGUCUGUUGGCACCAUUCCAGUCACAUGUGCUAGUAACAUGGUGCAGCCCGACAAGGACUCGCCGGUAGUACAGUUGUUUAUUCCUGCCACAGCGAGUAGCACUACGCCCACCACUACAGAGUCAGUGACAAGUCAGAACUCCCAACAAUCUGUAACUGUACAGCAUUACCUCAUCACAAAGGUGAUCGCCAACACGCCUGAAGGGCCACGCAUUCAGUCUGAAAGUGCACUUCAGCUUGUUGCUCCUUCAGUGGCAAACCUUGGCCAGUCUGUUGUUGGAGGUCCAGUGAUUGGAGUUCCAUCACAAAACGUGCCUUCAGUCCGAGUGAUCACCAGUAAUGGAGAGGAGUCUAAUCAACAAGCUAGAGUGGUACUUCCGCAAACCUCUGAAAACAUGACAGCACCAUCUACACUCCCUCCUAUAACAAUCGUGUGCGACUGCAAGAAGGAACGUGCAGAAGAGGAGGAUUCCUGUGAUAACCGUACAACCUUCGCCCCAGAUCAGGGAUCAGGAGGUUCCUAUACAGCAAUACCAAUAUCUAUGACCCCAGUUAACCCUAUCACUGUGGCUUUAUCUCCUGGCUCUAUUGAUAACACAAAGAGCACAGAAUCUGCACAAGUCAUAAUGGCAUCAGAUUUAAUUGACACCAAUCAACUUACAGUAACUAUACCAGUUGCAGUGUCCUCUUCAAGUUAG